CUGUCUCGCGCGCUCCCACUCUGAAGCAGCUUCAGAGGAGAUGGUUGAGUGCGCGUGCGCGUUGCUCCGUGGGAAAGCAGCUGCAGCAGAGGAUGAGGAGGAGGAUGAAGAGACGGGACACAGCGGCCGUCAGCCCAGUCCGCCGCCGACACGCAGGCUCCCGCCGCGGGGUUUUCACCGGAGACACUCCGCUGGAAGAUCCGCUCCGGAUCCGAGAGAAAAGUUCUGAUUCCUGGAGGAAAUCCGGAGGAGAUCCCUGAUUCUAGAAAACUUCCGAGACUCUGACGGGUUCGGGUCCAAACCAGGAAUGCCGGCUCCGGGUCUCCUCCGGCUGUGACCCGGCUCUCUCCGGGGACUCCCGCCAGCUCUCCCCGCCGCCGGGCGCCAUGAAGCGGCCGUGUGAGGAGAGCAGCCCGGCGGAGCGUGAGAGGCUUCCUGCGGGGGAUCCGGUCGGACGCGCGUCUCCGGCGGCGCAGCUGAUGGCGAGGAAGCGGCACAGAGGGGUAGGUCGGCCGGCACGUCGCCGCGUCCGGAGGCCCGGCGCCUCCGACGCUCCUUCAGUUUCCUGUCGGUUCCAGAUCAUCGAGAAGCGGCGCAGGGAUCGGAUCAACGGCAGCCUGUCGGAGUUACGGCGACUCGUCCCGACGGCCUGGGAGAAACAGGGUUCUGCUAAACUGGAGAAAGCCGAGAUCCUGCAGAUGACCGUGGAGCAUCUGAGGACGCUGCAGGCGGGAGGCACAGGUCAGCAGGAAGCGCUGGCGCUGGACUUCCUGUCUCUGGGCUUCAGGGACUGUGUGAACGAAGCGUUCUGCUACCUGAGCGCCAUGGAGCCCCUGGACUCCUGCAAUGCGCUGCGGCGCCGCCUGCUGGCCCACCUCAGCUACUGCGCGGCCCAGCGGGACGCCGCCGCCAUGACGGCCCGCCUGCAGCCCCGCCCUCCCCCUUACAGCCACUGGGUGGCGACACUGCACCCGCCGCCUUUCGGACCGGAUGGCGGCGCCCCCCAGAGGCCGGUGGAGCUGCUGCAGCACGAUGUGACCUCCAGCUCACCUUCACCUUCCUCCUCCUCUUCCUCUUCCUCCCUGCUGCCCCCUCCUCUCACCGCCCCCCUCUUCUCCUUCCCCUUCGCUCUGCCCUUCCUCCCCUCCUCCUCUUCCUCACAGCCCCCCCACCCACCCUGGAGCUCCGAGGUGGGGGCCUUAUGACCUCUGACCCCAGCAGCACGUCCUGUCCAUUUCUGAUGGUCGAACCAGAACCAGAACCACCUUCACAUCCGUUUCACUGUUUAUCUAAAAUCUGUUUAAAAGUUUUAAUGUGAAAUUUCUCCUGAUAAAGAAUCAGAACCAGGCUGAGGAAAUGUUUAAGUCCAGAGAAGAAAUAAAGCAACAAAAUAAUA